AUGACACAGGCAGCUUCGUUUUCGGACAAGACUAACCCAAUGAACCCUCUUAUACCUCGUAAUCUCUGCCGGCAAAUGGAUGGGGUAACUAACGGGGCUCCUCUCCCCAAUCCACUCACAGCUGUUAGUUUUCUCCCCGAUUCUGUGCGACUUCCCGCGGAAAUUGAGGCCUCCUAUCUCAACCUCCUUGCUAUGAAUUCUCACAUUCUCUCGCCUUUUGCAAGACAACUUCUGCUAGGAAAUCGAAACAUUUCCAAUCUCAAUACGAAAAGACCUCUCGUUCCACCCCCACCACCUCAAACAAUCACCAAUUUUCCCAGUCAAGCAUCUAGCUCUACGAUUCCUUCCUCUACUUCUGUUUCCUCCUCCUGCUCCUCAUUCUCCCUACCGAGACCCCACGAAAUAGAAGAGACAGGUGAACUGGUCUACAGUAUCGUUGAAGGCGAAAAAGUGAUGGGUUUCAACGUCUGGGGUGAAGUUCGUCUCUGUCUGCCGCAUUUGCUACGGUUUGUUCUCAACGAUGUAGAUAUCGACGAGAUCGGACAGGCCAUUUCAAAACUGCGCAUUGCCUGCACUAAAUGCUCCCCCCGCCAACUAGCCAUGCUGCAUGGAUGCAACGCUCUACCGAGUGAGGUUACUUCAUGUGGGCUGAUUCGGAAGAGCGACGCCGAGCGGAUGCUAAAGUUUCUGCGAUCUUCGCGUCGAAGACCUACUCUAGCUGACGCCUGCCCAAAUAUCGAUACAGCUAAUGGAAGGGCCUUUAUUUCGGAGCAGACCAACAGUGGCAAAUCGACUGAGGAGAGAGACGCAACUCUCGGGAGCUUCAUCGACGUGCGACACGACUGCUUUGGGACGCAGAGAGGCCGAGUUUAUCCACACCUCUACAACUCCGUCACCUCGCCGUGCAUAGUCUGUCGAACGUGCAAUAAGCUCUUCUCACCGCAGGAUUUCGUCGGUCACACGCACUCCGUCAAUGAGUCGGAUGGUUGUUGCCACUGGGGUUUUGAUUCCACGAAUUGGCGAUCCUACCUUCAACUUGACAUCGACUCAGUUGGUCGACAGAAGAAGGUAAAACGUGAGAGUAGCGAGUCUGGGGAGGAGGAAAAUCCCGAUGUUCGCACCUACCGUGCUCUUAGGGAUUUCAAGGUCAAGUUUCUUAAGCCUCUGCAUUUACCGAACGAAAUCACAAAGAUUGUACCUGGACUGGAGGGACACAAGACUGAUGCAAAAAAGCAGCAGCUGCUCCAGGCUUCUUCAAAUGAGGCUCAGCCUCUUGACUGCUCUACGAACAAGCCUCCAAGCACGCCAUCUUCCUCUACUGCUCCCGAUGUCCUCCGACCUGCUCCGGAGGAUCAACAACAAGCUCCAGACGACACUCGACUAGAAAUCCGCCUGCGUCCUAAUCUCAAAAUCCGUCGACUUUGGGCACCGCAUCAGGGUCGUCUGCGCAUUCCCAAUCCCCCAAAACUCAUAUCCGAUUGUCCUCGAGGUCCAAAGCCUCGGAAUUUGUCCUCCGGCCCACCGGUUCUCCUAGAUCCCAGUUGCAUAGUAACCAAAGAUUCCGCUCAACUCUAUGGUCGUGAUUUCAUUCCAAACGUCUGUUUGAAACCUGUGACCACCCCGGCAUCGACAGGGCCGGGUGGACAAUCACAGCUGCACCUUUCGAGAAGCCUCCCCAGCGUUCCCUCCAACGAGGAUAUAGUCGCCUCAGCGGCAGAGAAGCGCCUCUCUGAAGCAGAUCUCUUUCCCGAUUUGAAAGCCCCUGGCGGUCAUCGGAGUAGGCCAAUCCUUCGCGGCUCGGGCAUUCCACUGUCCGCGGAUUUCAAUCUCUUUCAGCACUCCAACCAGGGACUUAAUUCUAUCGACAGCUCGCCCGCGAGAGCACGACACUCCAGUUCCGCACACGAUGCUGCGGUACUAGCCCUCUCGAACCCCCUCGAUUUGCAUAAACGGUGUGCCACGGAAGAGGUGCUCCGAUGUCCCUCGGUUGACUCUGCGCCCGCCCCGCCCUUCCACGGACAGCUGAGUCGAACCACCUCUGACCCAGAGAUCAAUAUCUCUGCCGUCCGAUCAGAGUCGGUUGAAAACAGACGUCCAACCACUACGGAAGAAUCCUCUCUCCACCAGUUACAGCACCAGUCCCAGAACUGGUUUUCAAACGACUCCUUGUCGAGCCAAACCACUCCUGAAAUGCUUAUCAAUCUGGCAACUGACGCCAAUCCCCGGAUCCCCAACAUUAUUGCCCACUGGACCAGCACACUGGAGCGUAUCAAUCAGUUCUGCAAUUCUAUUGUCCCCACCGACGAGUCGGCUAAACGUCGCUUCGACAUUGAGCGGCAGAAGUUGAUGGUGGAUCUAAAUAUUCUCCGUGAGAAGAACCUCCUUGACCUGUCCAUGGUCCUGAAGGAUAACAAGAGGCUCUGGAAGAAUUUCCGACAAUCUGCUUCCAUGGCGGUCACGGAGUAUCAACUGAACGAGCGGAAUCGACAAUUUUGGCCACCCUCAAACAUCGGCUAUCGAUCAGCCACUCCAGAAAUGCUUCCCACGACAUUCCCCUCCGUGCGGACAAGCAGCCUAGCAACCGCUGCCAACGGAGCCGAGAGUCCACCACUUUCCUCCGGUGACUUCCUGCUGCCCUCCAAGCGCCAACGCCUAUUUCGACAUUCCUACUCAGCCAGCAGCAACCUCAAUCCCUGA